GAUUCACCUGAACCAUGGAACAUCACUUCUCUUCCAUCAGGACACCGGUAACUUUCUCAAACCAGCUUUCACCUGUCCUUACGGUUUGUUCUGACCCACCUUAACGUUAGUCACUGCUUCAAUGUCUGUCUCACCUUCCGCCGUUCAGUAUUCCGACAACGCCAACUCUCUGUCCUACGCUGCCACUCCCUGUAUCCAACACUACUCAUUAUCCCCAAAGCCUGGAAGUAUGUUCGGCAAAUUGAAGAAGACCUUUUCGACCCGCAAGUCUUCCAAGUCGACCAAUAGCUAUAGCCCACGGGACACAGAAGGCGCUGGACACAUGCUUGGUAAUGCGCCUUCAGGUGCACCGGUCAACAAGAAGAACUUUGCAUCCCACGACAGUGGCCUCUCACCGUUCUCAUACCCUCACCCGUUUGACUCAGCGUCACCUGCUACACGAAGGCCCAACAGCUCAAACAUGAAUCCCUUUAGUUCUAACCGCGAUGCCCCGCCAGCGUAUACACCAGGCCCGGCUCAGAACACCCCCGCAGUAACUUCAGCCCCAACUACCGAUAUCGAAGAGGACGAUCCGUAUGACUUCCUUCGAAGCUUCGAUACAGUCUUUCUAAUCGAUGAUUCUGGAUCCAUGGCCGGCCGCUCUUGGAGGGAGACUGGCAAGGCUCUUGAAGUGAUUGCACCGAUCUGCACCAAGCGUGAUGCAGACGGAAUCGACAUCUACUUCCUCAACCACCCCGACUCUAGCAUUUACAAGAACGUUACUUCAGCGGGUACCGUCAUCGAAAUCUUCCAGACCGUGCGUCCCAGGGGUGCCACACCGACCGGUCAGCGCUUGAACAAGAUUCUCGAGUCCUAUCUCCAGCGAUUCAUGCUCGACAAAACUAUCAAGCCCAUGAACAUCAUUGUCAUCACCGAUGGUGUGCCAUCCGACGAUCUUGAAACUCACAUCAUUUCAGCCGCCAGGAAGCUCGACGAGGAGAAAGCAAUAGCACACCAAAUUGGCAUCCAGUUCUUCCAGGUUGGCAAGGAGCCUGGUGCAAGGGAGCAUCUCAUGCAGCUUGAUGAUGGCCUUGUUCACCUAGCGCGCAUGGACGGCAGGGGAAUUCCGCGGGACAUUGUUGACACGGUGCCUUUCACUGGUGACGGGAAUGCUGAGCUCACCGGCACAGGAAUACUCAAGGCCACUAUGGGAGCUAUCAAUCGCCGAUGGGACUAUGCUUCUAAGGGAAUACAUCGAAAAUAGUUAGGCGUGGCUUGUUUCUGCAAGGUCACAGUGUCAUUCACGGAUGGACCUGUUGGUGGGGUUGUCUUAAUCCAUCAAUUUGAUACGUUCAACGAUACGGCUUUUGGCGUUGAUUGGGUGGUUCAACUUGCUUGCUUAGGGAGGUGGUGUCAUUAUGGGCGUUGGUGGUUCGACGCCCCUACUUUGUGGGCUCUCUCUGCAUACGGUUCUCAAAGAUCCGCCAUAGACAUCCUGGGUUGAUCAUAGCUAGUCAUUUCUUGUCCACUUUUCACUCUUCUCCAUACGUUUAUGACUGGUAAAGAUAGUACUUUCACCCAUUAGUUCUAUGGAGCAAUUACCUAGUAAUUCUACAACAGGGCAAAUUUCCUGAGUACCCUCUUUGUGAACGUCGUCCCACAAAGGAGGGGUAGGCUUCGUGCAU